AUGUUAGCUUUUAUUCAUAAACAUCUUCCAUCUAAAGAUCAAAUUUCUAAUCAUCAGAUAUUACAAGAUGAUGAACACAUAAUCGAAAAACAGAAAAAUCAAUCUUUAUCAACUAUUAAUCGACUUGUUAUGUGUCCAAGUAUUAAUCCUGUUAAUCAAUCUUAUUCUGAUACAGAUUAUUUUCCUAUGAUAUCUGGAGGUUUAGCUGAAAUUAUUCAUAAUGAACAAUUAUGGAAUCCAUCAGAUACUUUUCAAGUAAGUUAA